UCAUGAUUAAUCAUUAUGAAUUCAAGUGCAAAUUUCUUUGUCGUUUUCCUCGAGUGGUUUUCUGCAUGUGGCGGAUUUUAUUUUCUGUAUUGACGCGCGAUAUUAAUCAUAAAUGGCUAAUUGUAGGUUUGCUAAGUGCUCAUGUUGAGUGUGGCAACAGCACGACAGCCAGGGCGCCUAGAUUUAGGAGUCGCUUCGCCAGGACCACAACUGUAUCGACAACCACUGAGGCCAGCACGACGUCCACGCCAUCGACCAGCACUUCCACCAGCACUUCCACCACAGAAGCCACGACGACGACGACAACAGAAGCGCCGAAGGUUUGGGAGAAGGUUUGUGGCGAGAAGACGGGCGAGAUUUAUCCCUGGAUUGCCAUUCUGGAGCACUCAGAUCCCAGCAAGAAGCUGAAGAAGAAGACGCUGAGUAAAGGAGUGCUCAUCACGGACCAAUUUGUCCUCACGACAGUGUCCAGCGUCCACAAUUCCUAUCCCUUCUGGAUUGUCUCAAAGGUUCGUUUGGGUGAAUUUGUGGACACGCGCGGGAACAGGAACACAUCGCAGCGUGUCACUUUGUCCGUCGAUGACAUCUUCCUGCACGAUCGCCGGGAUAUUGCGCUGGUGAAGCUGCAGAAGCCGGUGAACUUCACCAGAUUCAUUCGGCCAGUUUGCCUGCCCAACUCGGAGAACUACAAUUUCCGCGAGAUGUACUUCCACGUGUGCAGGAAGACGUCACACUUGGGGCGUCUGGGCUACGCGCAUCACACGAUGCCCGUGAGUCCGCUCACGCCGCAGGACUGCUCGACGCUGUUCCACCGGAAGACGGGCGAGUUCUCCGAGAAGGAGGAGUUCUGUGCGUGGGACGAGCGCGGAGACUCUUGCUACGGCGAUCUCGGAGGGCCUCUGAUAGGCAUUCACGACGGACGCUUCCAAGUCAUCGGCCUGAGCUCCUAUGCGCACUCGAAGAAGCCAAUAAAUGACGAAGGAUUGCCGGGAAUCUACACGCGAGUCGGCGCUCAUCGCGCGUGGAUGAACAGGAUCAUUUCGAAUACGUGAAAUUCUCACUUUUGUGCUGAUUGUGCACAAUUUGAAUGAAUGAAA